CUCCUAAAUUUUGGUAGUUCGAGAUGAGUGUUUUACCAUAUCAACCAACAAGCGAUGAAGACAUCUUCCGUUUGUGUACGAAAGAGUGCGGCAUUAUCACAGCCACAGAGGAUCAGCAAUUCUUUGCUUUGGGUUGUAUGUUUUGCCCGGCCAAAUUUCUCUAUUUCGAUGCAUUUAUAGGACACAUGCAAACCGACCAUGGAACUCAAGCAAUGGAUCAAAAAGGUUUCUUUGGUGGUAUGCUAGGACUCGGAUAUGAUGAUUCUUAUGGUGAAACAAAUAGCGGCCGAAGUGGUGAAGGUACUGAAGAUCUUACCGAUACGGACCCCUCACUUUUGGUACCACAAACAGUUAUGAUCAAGGAAGAAGUUGAUGAAGAGCAACAUGAACUACCACAAGCAGAUAAUUCAAUAACUCCUGGGUUUCCUAGUGAAAGAGGCAUAGCGGAUAAUUCAAUUUAUCCAGUAAAGCAAGAACGUACUGAGCCUGAGGUUGUAAUGGAAGGAGGCGGAGACAACUAUACCAAUGAUUACGGAAAUUAUGACGAUUAUACCAACAAUGAUGAUGAGGAAGAUCCUAUUUAUCCAAGAGAUGAGGAAGAUGAAAAUAAUUAUGAUGAUUUAGUUGAACAAUCUUUAUUGGGAGGAAAUAACGGAGCGGACUCCGGUCUAGCAAUGCAUAUAAAGGAUCGUAAAAUGAUACAAUUCCUUAUCGAUUCAUAUAGGCGCAAUACUUUCUUGUGGGACCACCGUCAUCCACAAUUUCGUGAUCGGGCCAAACGUCAGCACUUUCUUGAGUGGAUUGUAAUGGAAUUCAAACGACGUUUUAAUUUGUCAUUGGCUAAAGAUGCAGUUACUCGCAAGUGGGACAAUUUACGCACUGUAUAUAAAAGAGAGUGUAAUCGUAUGGCAUUGGAAAAUACUAAUAUCAGUACAUUGUGGUAUUUCAAGGACUUACAUUUCAUUAAUCGGUUAUAUGGUGGCAAUCAAAAGAUGACGGAGGCUAUUGUGAAGGUAGGUAAAAAUAAUAUAUAUACAGUUACAGAACUAUUAGUAAUUUGGUUUUUUUUCUCAAUAUUAAAAAUGUCAUUCUACAAUAAAAUUCAUAUACAUAAAACAAUGAUGCAAACACUACAAAAUUGACAAAAACUUAGCGAUAUUCAAAAAGUUUCCAACAAAUUUUUAAUUAACACUUUUAUAUACAUAUUUUUUGGUUAUUCAGUUUUGUAGUCCCAAAGAAUUUUGGUCUGGGGCAAAAUUCGUCAAGUGUGCGAGGAA